AUGGCUCUCCGCCGGUUGCAACAGCUGGAGAAAGGGCUACUUCGUCAGCCGGAGAAAGCAGACAAGUAUCAGAAGAUCAUAGACGGAUAUCUGGAUCAGGGGUUUGCCAGAAGACUCCCUGAAGAAGAGCUACUGAAGUAUCAUCCGAGGCGAUGGUAUCUGCCCCAUCAUGGAGUUACCAACCCUCAUAAGCCGGGAAAGCUCAGACUGGUGUUCGAUGCUGCUGCUUCCUCCCAAGGCACGUCUCUCAACAGCGAACUCUUGGUGGGCCCCGAUAUGCUGCUCAGCCUACCGGGAGUACUGUUACGCUUCCGAGAGGAGGCCGUGGCGAUCGUUGGUGAUAUUGAAAAGAUGUAUCAUCAGGUACGUGUGAUUCCCGACGAUCAGCCUGCUCUGAGCUUCUUUUGGAGAAAUCUGGAUCUCACGAAACCUCCAGAUGCCUACAACAUGACGGUGACGAUCUUCGGAGCUCGGUGUAGCCCAGCUUCAGCCAACUACGUCUUGUGUAAGACAGCCAUGGAUCACCAGGAAGAUACAGUCAUUUCCCGAAAGGCAGCGACGGCCGUCCAGCGUAACGUCUACAUGGACGACCUACUGAGAACAGAGAAGACAGUCGCAGACGCAAUAGCACUGAGAAGCGAAGUAACGAAGCUGGUAUCGAGAGGUGGGUUUAGGCUCACAAAGUGGCGAAGCAACUCGGAGGAAGUCGUCCUCGACGUCCCAGAGGAAGAGAGAGCGGGUAUGGAUGGACCGACGGAGAACGUACUCGGAUGCCCGUGGAAUUCGGUCGAGGAUACUCUGGGUGUUCGAUGUGUUGAAGUGGAAACCUCACAGCACAUCACGAAGCGGCGCGUUGUUGCUAUCGUUGCCCGUCUGUUCGAUCCCAUGGGUCUUGUGGCACCGUACUCACUGCAAGCGAAACUACUCGUGCAGAGACUCUGGGCGCAGGGUCUCGGAUGA